AUUUGCGGUGACUUUACAGUGUGGACUAGAGUUGGACCCGCUCGGUGCCGCCGGGUAAUUGAUCGAUCUUGAACAAAGGCGUGUUCCAUAAUGGCUGCCAUGCUGGACGGAUACGUUAAUCAGCUUGAUAAUUAUUACGCCCAUAAUCAGUGUUAUCAACCGAACGCUUAUCCCGCACCUGCACAUCGCCAAGGUGGAAACGCCGGUGUCCCAGCCAUGGACUGUCACGCUGUUCCCGAUAGUUCUUACUGGAGUCCGAUGGAUGCGACGGGAAUAUCCGGGGGCAGUUCCGGCUCCGGAAGUCCAGGCACUUCGAACACUCCGCCGUGCCUGGAGGAGCUCGGCAUAGCCGAUCCUCCCGCGGCGUUUCACAUCCACACUUACCACAACCAGAACCAUGUCAUAUCCUCGCACAAUCAUUACGGGGCUGUCGGGUACCACGACCAGGUCGUCGACGGUCAAAUUCGGGAGGACUACGCGCCCUGCUCCACAUCGGCGGGCCAGGGUUCGUCCUUCAACCUUGAGACCCCGGUGAGACCGGUGAAGAGGAGGAACACUGCAAACAAAAAGGAGAGACGACGCACGCAGAGUAUAAACAACGCUUUCGCUGACCUCAGAGAUUGCAUUCCCAACGUCCCAGCCGACACCAAACUCUCCAAAAUCAAAACUCUGAGGCUCGCUUGCUCCUACAUCGGAUACCUCACCGCCGUCCUGGACAGCGACGAACCUCCGGCUACCUUCAGGGCGGAACUCGUACCCGGCAGCAGACGCUCCAAGCAAUCCGGGGCUGAUCAAAGUCAGGAAGCGAUAUCUCAGGAACCCGGAGAGGAAACGAGGCGUACGAAAGGAAGAACGGGAUGGCCUCAGCACGUCUGGGCCUUGGAAUUGAAGCAAGAGCAACCUCCGGGACUAUAGCCUAAUUACCAUGAACAGCUUGUGAAUCACGCUACUUUAUACGAAUUGGGUAUGUGACGAACGAAGUGGCGUGAUAGAUG